UUUAUAUGUAAGUGAAUGCGAAAGAAGAAACAAAUCAAUUUUAUUCUUUUUGAUGUUAAGAACAAUCUUUCUAAAAUGGCUUGGGCUGUAAAAUUAAACAUUUUUAUGGCGCUUUUCUUUGUUUCAAACGCCAGUAAUGUAAGGUGGAAUACAAACGCAAUUAUAGCGAGUGCGAGUCCCGUUGUUGUAAACAGUUUUGCAUCGAGUUGCAAUAAAUUAACCUAUUACUUUCAAUACCAUCAUAAAACUCACUUUGGAAUAAUAGUGAAACAGAAAACAAUACUCAAUGUAACUGUAACUAGUUCAGAAGAAAUUAAAUAUUUUAGGUUUUUCUGUUAUACUCAAACACCAGAACACUCAAUAAAUGAAAUUAAUUUCAAGGGAAAAACAAAAUUUUCUGUUAUUAUAGAAGCCAAUUUUAAUUGUGUUCCUAUGAUUACGGAUUCCUAUCAAGUUCCUGUUGAGGUAGAAAUUCGAACAAGUAAUUGGAUAAGACUGCCAACUUUUGAUACAAAUAAAUACAGACUUUCGACAUCAAAAGAUGCGGAGAACAAAUUUUUUGACAUCGUAAAAAUUUAUGGAUUUGUUGAAAACUAUUAUACACAAAUGUUACUGACAUCAGGUGAAAUUAAAGAAAUUAGAGAAGCAAAUUUGAGUCUCUACAUUGGACUACAAAAUCAAGCAAAUGUAAUACAAUAUUACGAUUCCCUAGUUGGUUCUAAAAGAAUUAUACAUUCGCCUGGUUCAGAAUAUGGUAAAUACACAGAAGAACGUACUGUUCUUUUUUUAACUAGGACAUUUUGUCAUGAUUCACUUUUUUCAAGUGAUGAACAACUUUCUUUUACAAAAAAAUCAUCAAUUGGGUGUAGAAAUAAAGAUGAGUCCUGCAAUUAUGUAAGAAAGGACUGUACAUCAGCUGCAUCUUUAGGCACUGAACGUGUAGCUUAUACAAGUGUUUUACCAUGGUUACAACCUCCUGAAAACACAAGGUGGAUUUUAUUACACGAAUUUGGACAUUACUAUGACGUUGAAGAAUAUUUUCUUGGAUUUGGAUACGUGGCUGAAGUAUGGAACAAUAUUUUUGCAGCUUUUUAUCAACAUAAAUUAGAACUAGACGGAUAUUGGAUGACAUUUCCAGAUUCUGAUGAGACAAAUGCUACUCUAAACUAUCAAAAUGGUGUGCCUAUUCACUUAUGGAAUUAUAGGGAAAAACUACACUUUUUUAUAAGUAUCUUUGGAUACGAUGGGUCAGACGGAUUAUUUCGGGAAUUUGCUUAUCGUCAUUUUCAAGUAAACAAAGCAACUUCAUGUAAUUUGGCUAACAUUAUUCCUACACUAGUUGAAACGUUUCUCGAUCUUCGUAAUAUUAAUAUAUUACCCUAUUUAAAGAAAGUUGUUGACUUUAAAAAUUAUACAUUCCCCUUAGUUUAUCCAGAUUUAGAAUUGCGUGCUUUAAGCGGAAAUUCCAUAAUGCCCGCCAUAGAUUUUAAUAAAUCAUCUGGCGAUAUACAGAGAAUGAGUCAAGAGCGUGAUUUUAGACCAUUUUCUUCCUUAAUAUUGCUACCUAAAGUAGAAAAAGAGAACAUUUCGGUUCAAUUUUCAAUUCAUCCUUUCAAUCUAAAUGGAGAGUGUCUUUAUUUAAAUAAUGAAUGUCAUGUAAUUAACAAUGAAAUGUUUGAUUUAAAGAUUCUGGCAAAUGUCUAUUCGAUUUAUAUUGCAGCAAAGAAAGGUGAUAAAUUGUACAUGAGUGAGGUAAUAUAUCGUGUAAUUUCUGAAAGUUCGAAGAUCCGUGUUCAUGUUAAAGAAAUAAGUAAAAAUGAAGUGUUUCUACCUCUCGUUUAUUACGUUGUUGAAGCUUUAGGAUAUGACGACGAGAUGUGUUUUAAAAUAUUUAUAAAUUAUCAAGAUAAGACGAUUUCUAUUUCACAACUUACUAAAAACAUUCAUUCUGUGUUUAAAAAUGAAGUUUACUUUUCUGUAAAAUUAACCAGAAAUGGGGAGACUAUUUUUAAUCAUAAAUUUAUGGGUAUUUCCGAUGAUAAUAAUACUUUAAAUGUUAUACACGAUUUUAAGGAAGAUGAUUUAUUGCAUAUUUUUCAUGCAGAACCGUAUCGUUUAUACAUCAAUGACAGAAGCUUAGAGUAUAUUUAUAACGAAACAUUCAAUGAUAUCACUUUAGUUCUUACAAAAAAAGGAUUAUUAGAUAUAAAGGACAAUGACGAUACGAUAUUUCUUAAAAAAUGCACCAUCAAAGCUACAGGUGAAAAUGAUAAAAUGUUUCUUCGAAUAUUUACAAAUUACGAUAAUAGAAUGAUAUCUCUCUCACAAUAUUCCAAAAAUAUUCAUUAUAAUUUCGAAGAUAAACUUUAUUUUUCUGUGAAAUUGCUAAGAAAUGAAACAGAAAUUUUUGAAUAUAAAUUUUUAGGUAUUUCAGAAGAUGAUGUUUUAAAUGUUAACUAUAAUUUUGAAAUAAAUGAUUUCUUAUGUCUAUCACAUGUUGAACAAGGACAUAUAUUAAUAAAUGAUGAAAGAAUAAAUGAUUAUGAUGCUGAUGAAGGAAGUUAUUCGAACUGUUUUUCUUUUUCAGAAAAUGGUUUAUUGAAUAUUGCUAACAAACAUUUAUUAUUUAUUCGCGACGAUAUAGAUCGAAUUAGUACUUUUAAUCAAAACUAUAAGAUUGAUUUAAGUUACAAUCCACUGUUUGAUUUCUUUGUUGAUCAGCUUCUUUAUGUUUAUAAUUCUGUAGGUCUUGGCUCACUGAUUUCAUCUGAUUGAGAUGACAAGAAAUAAUUUAAAUCUUAAAGGUUUAGUUUAUAUUUUUUUGAUAAUAAUUAUUUUCUGCAAUGUAUUAGAAUUGUAAUUAUAAACUUAAUAUUACAUUGACAGUAAAAGAAAUCUAAAUGCUUCAUCUUUAUGUAGCAAAUUUAAUCUGGUUUUUCAUUAAUUCUAUAUGAUUGUAUGGCCUGUAGGGCACAGGAAAAUUAUAUUAUGUUGUAAGGAUAAUAAAAUAACACAGAGAAAAGCGAGUGUUGUUUUUGAUGCGGGUAAAUUUUG